AGAGAGGGUGAGAGAGAAGGUCGUCUGUGUUACGGAGCAGGCAGUUUGAUGUUUGUAUCUUGUGGAAGACACUUUGUCGUAUCUGUUUUAAACAAUAUUAACUUAUAAAACUAAGAACAAAGUCAGGGGUCGUCUGAUGAAUAUCCACAGCAUGGUUCUCCGGGCAGUCAUCGCCAUGGCGCUCCUCCUGUCCGUAGCUGGCAGUGAGGCUCCUCAAGUAACAUUCAAGGGGGAGAAUUUCACCAUGACCUGUCCAGGGGAGGGGACAUGGUACAAAAGUAAUGCAAAAGUGUAUAAAGAACCUUCGCCAAGUUUGGAAUUAAGCUACAACAGUGAUUCCAAGGGCUUAUACAAAUGUGAAUACAAGGAUGACGAAGACAAAGUUCACGAAUAUUAUUUCUACGUGAAAGGAAAGGCGUGCGCAAAUUGCAUCGAGCUUGAGGCAUCUGGUCUAGGCCUGGCCGUCACUGUGGACAUGGCUGGGACGAUAGUACUGAUGAUGAUCAUCUAUAAGUGCACGAAGAAGAAAAGCUCAGCUGGAUCUACACACGCCUCAAAAGCACCAGCUCGUGCAGGAGGCCGUGCUCCACCUAUCCCAUCUCCUGACUAUGAGGCACUGAACCCGAACACUCGCUCCGAGGACCCUUACUCUAGUGUGAACAGGACGGGAUAAAGUCACAUGACCUGGCUGCAGCAGGACAUUGAUUUAAAGGAUCCACAGACAAAAGCAUUAACAGCAUGCUCCCAUGGUGUCAAUUUGCGCAGAGGUGACUGGAUUUUAGUUUGUGGUGUUCUCAGUAUUUACAAAUUAUACUGAAAAACGACUUUCCUCUCCAGAAACCAUCCCUAUGGAAUCAAUCACAAGUAUGUGUAGAUUCAGAGGAAUACACAAUGCUUUUGUAUGUUGCUGUAGAUUAGUCAUUUAAAACCUGGAGGCACUUCAGUAGCUCUGCUUAUUUGAAAAUGUAUAUAAUAAUUGUAAUUAUGUUUAUGAAGGAAAAUAACACAAACGCCAUAGGAUUUCAUUUUAGUGCUAAUCUCAAAUGUCUUUAUUGUAACAAUAAUCAAGACAGUUUUCUCCUGGAUCAGCUGUAAUUCCUUGACACAGCCUUCAUGGAAACAAGUACGCAGAAUGCCUAGAAAUAGAUCAAAGUACAAGAACAUAACAAACGGCUAAAACUUCUAUUGUGUCAUGACUAACCUUUAAAAGACAAGGGAAAAAAGACAAGCAUCUCUAUGCUCACUGUAUCUACUUGUUUUCUUUGCUGUUAAAUGAAACGGAACACUUCCAUUAAACCCUCACAUCUAUAGCUAUUGAAGGAGAGUGGUCAGUGAAGGGGUAGUUAAAUAGUUAAUUUGUUUUUAAUGACACAAACAAAUUUAACUUUUGGGUCAGAACUUUAUAAAAAGCAUUUAUAAAGAAGAAAGAAAAAAGUAAAUUUAUAUGUACAUAUUUAUAUAUUAAAAGGUUAUACAAUCAUCGACACUUAAUAAUAAUUCAUUUUAGAAAACGUACUGGUGCUCUAAUGUUGCAAGCAUAGAAUUGGAUCUGGACUUUCUCCAGAGGUUUCCUUUCACACUUCAACAACACAGUGGAAGAUUCUCUGCACAGUUGCAUUCACAACAGCAACAAAUCCUGGAAGGGUGUGAUGCAGCGGGCAGAGGCAGGACGUCACGUAUAGAUUCCGCUGUGGAGAUCAAGUGUUUUUGUCUCGGACCUCAUCACCCAAAACUCACUUGCCAUCUUCAUUGAUACAUGUGUGGCUCCGCUUUUUCAUCCUGAAAUAUUUUGUACAUUUCUGGGUACAUUUCUUUUGUGUGUUAACCUCAUCAACUCACCCUCUCGAUCUUCUGCCGUGCAUCGGCUCCUCCGGACUUCCUUCCUAAAAAGACUUCAGGAAGUCCGAAGCCUCUAACUGGAACAUUUGUGUUCACAUUAUGGAGAAUGUCCUGAGGACCCCCUUAGUUCAGAGCAUGUCUGAAAGCACCUUAACAAAACUAAGGUGCUUUAAACUGUGUUUAACCACAGAGUGUAACUGGAGUAUGAGUCCGGGUUAUGGGUCAGUCUUCCCAUUUCCACUCACAGGUACAUGAGCCCAUCUAAGAAGGCACUGUGUAAUAUGUCAGAUUAAAAAAAGCUUGAGAACUAACGCUGUCAACUAAUUUUGAAGAAAUAUUUGAAAGCAGUGAGCAACACAGGUUUACCUUCACGUCUGUUGUAUAUCUGUGUGUAGCCAGAAAUCUCCAUCUUGCUCUUUAAUAUCCACUCACUCCUCUGUACAGUCCUGCAAUACAAUACAACUGUUCUGCCGUUAAUCUGUUGUAAUGAUGCCAUUCAUUUUCAGGUUUUGUAAAGUAUAUAUAUUUUUGAGUGUACUGACCCUUUAAUAUAACAAGUUUACAGAGGGUACUGUAAAACUCAUUACUUUUCAAUUUGAAUAAAGAGAUAUAGACGUGUUUCCAGUA